AAUUAGUCCGGUGGCCUAACGACCACUGAUACCAUCAUGUUAGUAGACUGAACAAUGUAACAGAGAGGAGAUGAAGGCCCACCUUUUAUUCACAGCUGUCUAGAUGUGCAGAUGAAGGGCAGGUGUGAUCAGUCACAAGUAGACUAGGAAAUUGGGUCUAGUGUUUCACACACAAACAUCCCAACUCAGACGAAGACAAGACACAAUGGAGAAGAGCAAGGCACUGUAGGAAACUUAAGUUUAAGAGAGCUAUUUUUUACACAUAUUUAAACACUUAUCUGGAACUAAACACAAAAGCUCUGCUGAAAGAGUUUGUGCAAGCUCAGCUACUUACACUGACAUUUGCAUGGUAAAUAAAGCAUGUCCAUGCUCAGGGAGUUGAAGGAGACAGCUGCUCAGCUCCCUGAGGAAACCUCAAGGCCAUUAAAUCCUACAAACCCAGUUCCUCGGCCAGGACGCCACAGAAGGCCCAUGACGGCUCCAAACACCCCGAAAGAGAAGAGAGCGAAGAUCAAGAAAGUGUUGAUCACUACACUGACAGUUAUGUUGAUACUGGGCAUACUGGCCAUUGCAGCAUACUUCAUUAAAAACUUGAUUGAAAGCAAAUACUUUUUUUGCACACGGUCUGUGAAAUUCAUCCCGUUAGACAAAACCUGCGAUGGGCACAUUGACUGUGCAGGAGCAGAAGAUGAAAUUACCUGCAUGACGACCUUUAAAGUAAACACUACAUUUCCAGUGCGACUCCAGUCGAAUGAUCAGGUCUUGCAAGUUUACGGUCCAGACUCAGGUUGGCGGACUGUUUGUUCUGACGACUGGACCCAAGCGCACACACAGACGGCAUGUACACAACUGGGAUACACAAUGAAGCCUACUAGCAAAAACAUCUUAGUAAGCUCCUUAACGUCACCGAUGAAAACUGGACCAUUUACAGCUGUCAGGCCAGGGACCUCAAACACACCUAUACAACAAGCCACUGCUGACCGUAGUGUAUGCCAGUCUGGAUCUGUGGUAUCUUUAUCCUGUUCAGACUGUGGAAAUGUGGGCGCUGAUGAUCGCAUCGUUGGGGGCACUGAUACAUCCAUUGACCACUGGCCAUGGCAGGUCAGCCUGCAGCGGUCUGGCCAACAUACAUGUGGAGGCUCACUGGUGUCACCGCGCUGGGUAGUCACUGCUGCCCACUGCUUCACUGGAAGUAAUAAGGAGUUGAGGCAAUGGGCAGUGGUGUCAGGCCAGACGAGCAUAAUCACACUGGGAGGCUCCUCUGUGGACAGAGUUAUAGUGAAUGCAGACUACAAUGCAGAAACAAAUGACUAUGACAUAGCACUGAUGAGACUCACUAGGCCAAUCACAGUGUCAGAUGUCAGAAGACCAGUUUGUCUGCCUCCUAAAGACUAUAGCAUUACAGCUGAAACCUACAUGACAGUGACAGGGUGGGGAUACCGACGGGAAAAUGGUGCAGUUGCUGACAUACUGCAGGAGGCCAAAAUCCCUCUGAUAGCUCAGUCAGUAUGUUCCAGCCCCACAGUCUAUGGUAGCAUCAUAACAAAUAGGAUGCUCUGUGCAGGCUUCCCAGAAGGGAAGGUUGAUGCCUGCCAGGGGGACAGUGGAGGCCCUUUGGUGCAUAUCAGUGACUCCAGUUGGAAUCUGGUAGGCGUAGUGAGCUGGGGUGUUGGCUGUGCCCGGAAGGGAAAGCCAGGUGUUUACACCAACGUGGAAGUGAUGCUCAACUGGAUCCAAACAGUCAUUGAGAAAAACCCAUGAUGUCAUCCACUGUGAUAAACAACCACCAUGAGAAUCCAGUGCGGUCUACCUCUGAUAGACUGUGAAACUGUCAAACCUGGUUUUGUUUUGGUUUUUUGAGGGGUUUUUUCCAUUUUGGUUGCCAAAAGGUGAGAGAAGGUUGCAGAGAGAGGGGAAGUUGAAGAUCUCAACAGCAAAAUGGAAACAGAAACACAGCCAUAUGCAUAAACAAAGUGUGCGCGCGUGCACACGCACACACUUCAUCAAA